AUGCGAACCAACCCCCAAUCCGACCUAUUCAAGGUGAAGCGGUUCCACCACGUGGAGUUCUUGUGCGUUGAUGCAACCAAGCAUGCCGUUUCUCAUGGGGACUUGGCAUGGCAAUUUGACUUUUCUGCAAAACAUGGGCUUGCCGUUCGAGCCAUUGUGAUUGAAGUUGAAAAUGCAGAUAUUGCUUUCAAUACCAGCAUGGCUUGUAGCGUCAAACCGUCAACCGAACCAAUAGUCUUGGAUACUUAUGUUGUGCUUUCCGAAGUAUAUCUAUAUGGUGAUGUUGUUUUGAGAUACAUAAGUUACAAGAACAAUUAUCUUGAAGACCAUAAUUGUGCGAAGGAUGUAGAUGCCAAUGAGAGUGUAUUGAACGCAGUAAUAUUAGCGAAUAACAAAGUAAUGGUAUUGCUUGCCACGAACGAGCAAUUGUUUGGGAGUAGGAGGAGGAGUCAGGUGCAGAUUUAUUUGGAGUACAAUAAAGGGGCUGGAGUGCAGCUUUCGGCGCUAGCGUCUGAAGAUAUAUUCAGGACAUUAAGGGAGAUGAGGAAGAGGAGUUGUAUUGGAGAGUUCGAGUUUAUGCCUUCUCCACCAUCAACUUAUUAUAAGAAUCUGAAGAAUAGAGCGGGAGAUGUGUUGAGUGAUCGGCAUUAA